GCUGGCCGCCAAACGUUCUCCAUUAAAAAAAAAAAAGUGUUCAAUUCUCCCCAUUUGAUAAUAACUAUCGGAAUGAAUCGGAAUGAGAAUGUAAUAUAUCCAUAUAUGGAAUAUGAUGAGUAAAGACGCUUAAUUGACAUGUGAAGAGCACGCGUUCGUCUUUCACCCCUUGCAUUUGGGCUUUUUCUCGUCGUCGUCCUUCUUCUUCUUCCUCCUCCUCCUCCUUUUGUUCUUCUUUUGCACGCAACCAACGGAAAACAAACGAGAACCUCUUGGUUUUAUUAUCACUGCAGUCGUGUAUUCAUCUCUUACUCUCUUCCUCAUAAGUCUUUCUACAUUUCUCCCACCCUCUCUUUAAACAUGAGCGCCGUCGCUUCCAACACUCCCCUUAACGGUGAGACAGUCAACAAGGUCAAGGACACAGCGCACAAGGCUUCUCGCGCUGUUCAAGACUCUAUCAAUGGAGCUCGUCCUUACGUGACGGAAUACGCAAACAAGACAAAGGAAACCGUUGCCCCUCAGGUAGCUGCAGCUGCAGAAUUCACGCAGGAUGUGAGCGCAAAGGCGCAACAGGGAACUCAAACUGUCGUCGGAAAGGCAAAGUCGGCUGCGCAAUCUGCUGCAUCCGUCGCUCAAAACGCGGCUUCCACCGCUUCUCGCGGUGCAGCUCAAGCUGCCGGUGUCACAGUCGGUGUCGCACGCGCAACUGUUAACGCUGGAGUCAACGCAACACGCGCCGUGACAAGUCUCACAGUAGGUGGCGCUGCCAAGGCCGCCAAGCUCUACGUUCAAACGACCGCCAACGUCGUGGCCGCCGGUGCUGGUGCCGUCUCGGGCGUGACAGGCUACGCUGUCGGAACUGCUGGUAACAUUGCUCACAAGGUCGCCGACACUACAGUAGCUGUUGUCAACUACACCACUGCAACAACCCACUCUACUGCUAAAAAGGUGCUUCCUGGCGGUAUUGUCUCGCGUGCCGAACAGACCUACGAAGUGGUAGCCAACGCGGCUACCCACCCCAUCGAAACGGCAAAGGCGGUUCUCCCAAGGCCCAUAUCCAGUGCUCUCGAAUGGAGCGUCAACACCACUACUACCACGGCGGACCGCACCGUGAAUGCUGUCGGAGCCACCCGCGACAUGGUUGUUGGCACCACAAAGGGCGCUGUCAACUCUAUUGUCUCGCGACUCGAUGAGGCCGACAAGUACUACAUGAACUCUGCUGCACAGGCUUGGACCGAAGUGAAGUCGACUUUCCCCAGCAGCAAGGCUCAGACAGCAUAAGGUGCCCUUUAGGUUUUGCAGAAAUGUUGUAGGAUUUUAUUUUAAUGUUUGGCCUCCUGUGCGCUUUUGCGUAUUUUAUAACAAACCAUGUUUUUUUGCGAUAUGUUGUGUAUUUGAAAAAAAAAAAGAGAUUGUUUCAUUUUGCAAA